UUAAGCAUGCCUGAUCCAGCCAAGCCUGCUCCCAAGAAGGGCUCUAAGAAAGCCGUGAGCAAGACCGCCGGAAAGGGUGGCAAGAAGCGCAAGAGGACCAGGAAGGAGAGCUAUGCUAUUUACGUGUAUAAGGUCCUGAAGCAGGUCCACCCCGAUACUGGGAUCUCUUCUAAGGCCAUGAGCAUCAUGAAUUCCUUCGUCAACGAUAUCUUCGAGCGCAUCGCUGGUGAGGCUUCCCGCCUGGCACAUUACAACAAGCGCCACACCAUCUCCUCCAGGGAGAUACAGACCGCAGUGCGUCUGUUGUUGCCUGGUGAGCUCGCCAAGCACGCCGUGUCUGAGGGAACCAAGGCCGUCACCAAGUACACCAGCUCCAAGUAAAGAGUUCAACCACCUUUUCCCAAACCAAAGGCUCUUUUAAGAGCCACCCAAAAUCUCAUCGAAAAGCUAUUCCGCAUCCUGUGAAUGUCCUACAGAAUGACGUGUGUUUUAUGUGAUGAAAUGAAGUCUUCCACACACAAGCUCACAACCAAAACCACUAAUCCAUAAAA